AUGAAUACAAACGUCAGCGCUUCCAAGAAGCCUAAGAUUAAUCGAGCUUGUGACUCGUGCAGAAAGAAGAAAGCGCGCUGCGAUGCACCCCAAACCUUCCCAAACCAGUGCAGCAACUGCAAAGAAGGAGAAUGCACUUUCAAUAAUCCAGCACCUAAGAAAGGCGUACCGCAGCGCUACGUUAACGAUUUAGAAGCAAAGCUCGAGCGGUACGAGGCGACAUUCGGCCCAUUACCACCAAGCGCAAUGAGUGAUGGAAGUCCAUCCAGCGAAGGUUCCCACAAACGUAAAUUCGAGCGCAGUAACCGCGACAAUCGCGACACUGAAUCACUGACGGAGAAAAUGAGCGCUCUCUUCUUCAAACCUGACGAUGAACCAGUAAAAGACAAUGAAAAGGAACGGACGAGAUGUUUUGGAAAAUCGUCGAUGAAAGGUAUCGUCAAGCGCAUCACCCUCCAUGCCGAUUUCACAGCUUUAGAUCUGAACACUGAGAUGAGAUCUAGAUUCUGGAAUGAAGAAUUCAUCACGCAGACUAUGCGGCACUCUCAAGCGCCCUACACGCAUGAUGAUUUUGGUGACCAAAAUCUCAUGUAUGAACUAAUAAACGCGUAUUUCGAUAAGGUGAACGUUACACUACCUCUUCUUAACCGUGAGCGAUUUGUUCUCGACAUACCAAAACACAAACUGGAGCGUAGUUUUGGUAGCUUAUUGAUUAUGGUCUGCGCACUCGGUUCACAGCACAUGUUGAUGGGCGAUAAGAGGGUUUUAAUACCAGGUAGAGAAGAUACUCAAUUCCUGGCUGGACAUCAAUUCUAUUUGAUAGCACGGGAAAAAUUCAUUGAUCAAAUAAGCACUGUAGCCUCGCUACAAGACGUCCAAGCAAUGAUUCUGAUGCAGCUGUAUGUGCAGAAUGGGUUGUAUCCCAAAAGUAGCUGGUUAAUUUCAGGAAAUGCCAUGCUUUUGGCUCAAGAUAUUGGUCUCAAUAUCAAAUGGAACGACUCAAAGGAAGACAGUUACCAACAGGAAUCUCGAAACAGGGCGAUGUGGGCGUUGUUUAUCCUUGAUACAUCUAAUUCAGCUGCACUCGGCCGCUUUCAGCUGAUCAGCUACGACGACAUCAAUUUGGAUUUACCCUCUGAAAUCGAGACAGAUUCUAAAAGUCGACUUAGUGUGCGCUACAUGAACCAAUCCAUCAAACUCUACAAAAUCGUCCAAGACAUUUUGAAAUCUAUCUAUUGGUUGAAAAGCAAUGAGAAAGAAGGCUAUAAAGUGUCUUACAAUGAUAUUGCAUCAUUAAACUCCAGAUUGAACGGGUGGUACAAUAAACUUCCAUCGGAGCUGCGCGAUGCGAAAAAAUCUGAUGACGAAGAGGUUUUCCAAAUGAAGUGUUAUUUGAAGAUCGCGUAUCACACAUCACAGAGCUACAUCUACAAAUCCUUCCUUCCCGAUCCCUCAUCUGCGGAAUUUAGCACUUUCCGCCUUACCAGUCUUUUUAUUUGCUUGAAUGACUCUCGCACUAUAAUUUCAAUUUUCGACGAUAUUCAGCGGGCAGGCACAAACUCUCGUGGAUUGUGUCACAGUAAUUGUUUUUUAGGCUGGUCGACUUUCUCCGCCUGCUUGAUUUUGGUAUUAUGCUUUUGCGAAAGCCGUAAAAAUGGUGACCUCAAUAAGAAUGAUUUGGAGUACAUUCAGAAAGGCAUUCAAGUGUUGAGGAAAAUGGAGGCGCGUGAUUUAAUUAUGGGAAGAGCGGUGGAUAUGAUUCUACAGCUUGUGAUUAAAGCGGAGGUUCCACUCGAUCAUCUAUUCCUGAAAAAUCAAUGGAACUUGUCAAACAAUAUCAACCCUGAUCAGGCUCACGAAUAUCUAUUUAAAUCGCAACUCACCUUUCCUUACGUGGACAAUCAUGUUCAAGAAAACCACGUUUCUGACGUCAUGGACUUCAACUUCGAUCAAUUUGAUGCAGGGCUGGGAGGCACUGAAGCCUUGAAUGCGUUAAUGCCAUCUCUUGAUUCGCGUGAGGACGACUGGAGCGCUUUGCUAAGUACUGUCUUUGACGGUAGCAGCUUUAACACUGUCAACAAUGUCGCAUAG